UUAUGUGUAUAAAUAUGACCCAUCUUCAUUCAACAGAUAUGAGAAGGUUAUUGUGUUACACCGGCUCUGGCUCUUCACCAAAUCUUCCUCUGAUAUUCUGAAGGUUCAUCAUGGCAAUGCUGAAAAGUUGUCUGCUUCUUUUCAUCAUCUUCUCCAUGGGGGAUACACACGACAGAAGAUGCCCCGCUACAUGGAUGAAACUUGGACUCCGGUGCUUCAAGUACUUUUCUCAUCCGACUAAGUGGAUCACAGCAGAGAGAAACUGUCACAGUCAUGGUGCGAAUCUCGCAUCUGUGCGUAAUAAACUGGAACAUGAUUUCCUGAUGAGUCUGUUGCCUUCUCCUUCCACACGUUCUUGGAUUGGUGGUCAUGAUGCUGUACACGAUGGACACUGGUUGUGGAGUGAUGGAACUGUGUUUUUGUAUUCCCACUGGUGCUCUGGAGAACCUAACAAUAUUGGUGUUCCCGAGGACUGUUUGGAGAUCAACCUUUAUUCUGACCGUUGCUGGAACGACAUGCCCUGUUCAUACUCAAUGUCCUACAUCUGUGCUAAGGAUGUAUGA